GAACAGCUUUAGCGCCGCCGGAAGACGGACAGGCUUUACAGAGAGGGGAGGAGGAAACCGCCGCCUCCACCGUAGAGAUUAGCUGGAUAAUCAGAAAACUACACAGUAUUUACAGAUCGGUGUAAUGUGCUGGUUUUGAGAGGGUCGCUGUGAUUUCUGUGUCGGUUGGUGAUUUGUGUGUAGAGGGACGGUUGGCUGUGCUGUGCUAUGUUGUUGUUGUUGGGUGUUGUCCUGUGAACAGAGCACCGGGCUAAGGGGCUAAUGUUUACAUUAAUGUAGCGACAGACCGGCUGUUUAACCGGCCCGCGGUCCGUACUGAUCUCCUGCUGACACUUUUAAAGACUGGCGUAAACACAGAGAACCAGAUAAACUACCUACAGCUGGGCGGGUUAUCGGGUUCACCAUAGGACUUUCUCCAUAUUGUGACCAUGGGUACUAAUGCAGAGCGAAAAUUUAUUAAUCUCCGGAAGCGGUUGGAUCAGCUGGGUUACAGGCAGCCGCUGGGCAUUGAAUCAUUGCCCCUGGUAGAAAAACUGUUCAGUGAUCUAGUCCACACCACUGAAAGUCUACGCAAUGCCAAACUAUCAGCUGGGAAGAAAGAGAAGGAGAGCCAGAAUCUUGAUGCUCUGUUGGAGCCAUAUAAGACAGAGAAUGCUCGGCUGGUCCGGGAAAAUAAUGAGCUACACUUGGGACUUCUAAAGCUAAGAGAAGACAAGGAUCGUACCACUAGAGAGCUGAAAGCUUAUAUCAGGAAACUGGACCAUGAGACGUCAGAUCUGAAGUUCCUCAAUAAUCAGUAUGUGCAUAAGGUUCGUGCUCUGGAGAAAGACAGCAAAGCAAAGAGUGAUCGCAUCCAACAGCUACAGGAGAAAAACAUGCAGGCUGUAGUGCAGACACCAGGAGGUAAGAAGAGGCCAAUCCCUUUCCGACGUCAACGAAUGCAGAUAGAUGAUCUACUCCCACCCUCCCUCGGCCCCACCCCUCCAGCUGUGGCACAGCCUGAUGACCCAUACAUCACUGAUCUUCUGCAGGUGGCUGAUGACAGAAUUCAGGAACUGCAGCAGAAGGUGACUACUGUAAGGCUGGAUUUUGAGAGAGCCCAGGGAGGAAUCAAACAUCUCAACAUACAGGUGGAGGAGCGAGACAAAGAGAUUGAGCGUCUGAAUCGGGCUCUGGAUGGAGGUCGACCAUAUGAUGUCAUCACACUGGAGGCUCAGAACGUCAGUAAUGAAAAGCUUAUUGCUCAUCUAAAUCUACAGAUUGAGUACCUGCAGGAGACUAAUAGAGCUCUGGAACAGAAGGUGGAGGGGCUGCAGCAGAGGAAGAAUACUGUUUCAAGUGAGGUAGCUGACCUCAGCGCCAGAAACCAGGAGCUGUGUCACGAACUCACUCAAAUAGACCAGCUAGCGCAGCAGUUAGAGAAAGACAAGGAGAAGGUCCUGGAGACGGCUGACAUGGAGCUCCAAGAGGCCAAGAAAGAGAUCCAGCGGCUACACAGGCAAAUGGAAGACCUGGAGGAGGUUAUCUCUAAAUUAAGAAGGGAGAUGGCAGAAGAGGAUCACGAGAAGGACCGUGUGAGGGAUCAGCUGGCAGAGGUGCAGGAGCAGAACGAGAAAAUGGAGGGACUGUUGAAUUUCCUGGAGGAGGAAAAGAGGAGACUUCAAGAGAAAGUAGAGAAAAUGACACAAGCUGAUAAAGAAAUGAUUCUGGAGUUGGAGCGGAUGCGCGUUCGACAUGGAAUGUGCGGCAAAGAGCGCUCCCCAUCUCGACUAGAUGCUUUUGUGAAGAGUUUGGAGGAUGAAAGAGACCACUACAGACAGGAGGCAGAGAGAUACCGCAAGACAAGAGGGGGGUCAGAUAGAAGUCCCAUUCCAAGUCCGUCCAGGGGCAGGAGUCCCAGAGGAAGAGGGAGUUUUCAAACCAGAGGAGACAGUUCGGACACUGAACUGUCACGUACUGUCAGGGAAAGAGAUGAGCUGCAAGCCAUGCUUCUGGGCUUUGAGAAACACAUGGAGGACAUCCAAACUAAAGUCAAACUACUAACCGCUGAGAAAGACCAACUCAGUGCACAGUAUCAACAGGCCCAGGAGGAGCUGAAGAGUGUUCGUAGGGAACUGAUGUUUUCUCCGGAGCGACAGCAGAGAGGGAGAGAGGAGAGAGAGCAGACAGAUGCUGAACUCCACAAAGUGACUGCAGAAAGAGAUGCUCUUCGUGAGAGGCUUAAGGUGGCUCAGACCUCAGCUCUGACAGACAGAGAGCAGGAGGAGAUGAGAAUACUGGAUCUAGAGAACACAGUACAAACGCUGGAAAGAGAGCGGGCAGACCUGCGCACCCAGGUGGCUGUGUUGAAAGAAAGCCGUGUGACUUUUGAGGAGGAGCUGAAGGCCCGCUCAGCAGCUCUCCUACAAAAUGCAGAGGAGACUGUGCAGCAAAGGGCAGAGAACAGUGCACUGAGGCUGCUGCAGGAGCAAAUGGAAAAAUCUCUCGCUGAAAUUCAGCACAGAUUGUCUGUCAAGACCAAUGAAAUACAGGUGGCUCAUCAACAAAUCGACAAGCUGGAGGAGAAAAUCACUGAACUGAGUAGACAUGGCUCCUCUCAGAACGAUGAGGUAGCAGCGCUUCACAGUGCCAUAGCAUCACUGGAUCAUGAGAAGGACGCCCUGCAGGAAAUAGUGGACCAGAAGACCGAAAGCAUGGUAUUGCUCCAGGACCAACUACAAGUUAAGGAGAGGACACUGACAGAGGUCCGACUCACCAUUACAGAAAUGGAGAAAUCUUUAGAUCAGCUAAAGGGAGUGCUGAGCAGUCGAGAGCGGGAGAUUGCUAGUCUGCGCAGACAGCUUGACCAGUCUCAGGAGGAGAUGUCUUCAGUAAACCGCGAUCGAGAGAUUGCACUGAGAGAAAACCGAAGACUACAGGAUGACCUCGCCACCAUGACCAGAGAAAACCAGGCAGUGCAUGCAGAAAUGGAAGAGGCCCUCAGAGAGAGGGACGAGCUAAAAAUGAGGGUUCACUCCUACAUCUCUGAAGUAGCCAAGAUAGAAAAAAUGAUGGCGGCUAAGGAGCAGGAGAACAGAGAGAUGUUGGAGCGCUUCCGCAUGGCACACUCAGAUGUAGAAGAGCGUGAGCUUAAGUUGCAGCAAGCUGAAGGUCUCAACAACUCCAUCAAACUAGAGCUUCUCUCAUCCGACACCGAGCGCAGACACCUCAGAGAGAGAGUUUCACUGCAGGACCAAGAGAUACAGGAGCACAUGAAUGCUCUGCAGGCGUACGAGGCUCAGAUAUCCACGCUGGCACGCACAAUGUCUCGACUGGAAGAGGAACUGCAGAAAGCACGGGCAGAGAAAGUCACAGUUUUAGCUGAUCUUUCCUCCGUACGAGAGCUCUGUGUCAAACUGGACUCCAGCAAAGAGCUGACAGCACGGCAGCUCACCGCCAAGAGCAUGGAGCUAGAGAGGGUAACUGGUGAGCUGGAGGAUGUGCGCUCAGAAACAGAGCUUUUAAAGAAGCAGCUGGCCAGCGAAAAGGUGACGGUGCGAAACCUGGAGACACUGCUCUCCACCAACCGGCAAAAAGAGUUCCAGAGUCACCUCAAUGCCAGUGAGAGGGAAUCAGAGCUGAAAGUACUCAAAGACCGCUUGGCCCUUGCUGAUAGUAAAACGGCAGGACAUGCUAGAGAGGUUUCUCAGCUGCGUGGGAAAGUCUCUCAGCUCCAGACCGAAAUGGAUGUGCUGAAGAGGCAGCUGACAACUGAGCGCUUUGAGAGGGAGAGGGCGGUUCAGGAGAUGCGCAGACAGGGUAUCUCUUUCUCUUCGCUCCGCAGCUCAUCACCUCUCAGUGCCUCUCUCAGUCCCCGCCCUCUCUCCCCUGACCACUCUAUUCUGCGCACGCCAGAGCGCUCAAUAGACAGAUCUUCAGAAAAGUGAGUCUAAGUGUGAGCUUUAAGGACUAGAGGAGACAUGAAGAACUCUCUAAAGUGGAAAGCCUACAGUUGGCAGUCCCUGAUAUCUUGAAUACAUAAAGUUAAAUAAAGUACUUGUAUUUUCCUGUAUGAUAACCUAUUUUAUUUUUGUGUGUUUUGUGUUUGUUUGUGAUUCAAAUUGUUUUUGUCUUAAAUAUGCAAUAUAAUAAUUAAAUUAUUUCUGUGUUCUAUAUCUUAAGGUAGCCUCUCCUCUACACCUUUACAAAAUCCAAGUCUGUCUCAUUUUAUCUACAUUGUUUUUCUGCUUUCCACAAAUUGUAUCACGUCUUCACAGCCAAACUGAAAAGCCCAUUCUGUGAUCUUUCUUAAUAACUGUAUGAAGGAGGUUUUGGAUGUGAAUAUUUUUAUGUUGAUACUUAUGUACUUUUGAAAACAUUUUGCGUUUUGUACUAUGUGUAGCAUUUUAUCUCCAGUGCCAUUUUUUUUAAUUGCAGUAUUUUUUUAUAUGAAAUGUCAUUUUUUUUUAGAUAUGAUUAGCUUUUUAAUGGCUGUGAAAGUGACUAAACUGGGAUAUGGCCAUAAUUAUGUAGAUAAUUAUAUUCUCAGGGCUGAGAACUUCCUGCUCUAAACAUACAAACCUGUUACUAAUGUUCUGAUGUGAAACAUUUUGUGUUUACUUGAAUUGUUAACUUAUUCAUUUGAAUAAACAUACACCUAGUUUACAAUCAUCAUA